GCUUCCUGUUAGCUCCCCGCCUCUCCGGUAGAGUCAAAGGUUAGAAUCGAGCGCUCCAGUUUGUGUCCUACGGAAGCCCGCGCAGUCAGCCUCAGAGGGCGAACAGAGAGAUAAAAUGAAGGCAGGGUUUUAUUUCCCUCAGUUUGGUCUCCUUGUCCCGGUCAACUCGUUUUAAACCGACCCCCCCUCCGCCGGUGAGUCUCUCCCGGGUCCGUUAAUCCCGGUUCUCCCGGUGAUCCCGCUCGGUUGACUCCGCCCUGCCUCGUGUGUGUCCGGUGUGUCCCGGGUCGCAGUGACCCCCCCUCCCCUCCUGGUCUUUAGUUAAAUAUGAUCUUUAAAGUGUUGAAGGUUUGAUCCUGGCUCAGGAUGUCCCGCAGAGGGUUCUCAUGGACCGUGGUGGUCCUGACCUGCCAGCACACAGACAGCGUGUACACCUUUCAGAGAGAGCUGGAGUUAAGGCAGCAGCGUGGCUCUCUCUCUCAGGGCGCGUUGGUUUUGACAGUGAGGGACCGUCAGGAGCCUCUGGGCAGCGGAGGAGCGACUCUGAACGCUCUGCUGGUCGCUGCUGAACACCUGAGCAGCCGAGCGGGACACACCGUGGUGACCGCAGACGUCCUGGACGAUGCUCACAUCCUCAUCCUGCACACGGGCCGAGACUUCCCCUGGAGCUCCUGCAGCCGAGCGUUCUGCUGGCUGCCUGCAGAGAAACCGGACCAGAGGGUGCAGGCUCCGGUCUGCUGCCUGGACCUGCUGCUGGACUGCCUCACGCACCAGAUCUGUCCGGGGUCUCCUCCGGGUGUUUGGGUCUGCAGCACCGACAUGAUCCUCUCCAUCCCCCCGGACUUCGUUUUGUCCUGGGAGGGUUUCUCUGGCGUUCGUGUGUUGGCGUUACCGGGCGACGUCUCCUACGCAGCCGACCACGGCGUCUACCUGUCCGACCUGCAGGGUCAGGUGAAGGAUAUCGUCUACAAGGGAACCAAGGAGCAGAUUCAAAAAGCUGUGAUGCAUGAUGGGAAAGUUCCACUGGUGUCGGGUCCGGUCUUCUUCAGCAGGUCUGUUUCAGAGAAGCUGCUGCAGACUCACGUCACUCCUCCUCUGGACGGGUGCACCUACCUGGGUCUGGACUCUGGAGCUCCGCCCCUCCAGAUCUCUCUGUUCCUCGACAUGCUGAAGUGUCUCUGCUCAGACCUGAGUCAGGAUCAGUUUGUGAGCGAGGAGAGACCGGGGUGCAGUUCUGCUUUGGGGCCACAGGGGGCGGCAGUGAGGAGCGGCAGGACGGAGCUGUGGAAGAUCCUGAGAGGAGCGCCGCUCACGCUGGCGUACGUCCCCGGCGGUCGCUACGACUACCUGACUCUGUCCGGGAAGCAGCACGUGUCUCGUCUGAGCCGUGAUUGGUCGGAUCGAAGCACUCUGUCGCACAUCCAGAGGGAGAGCGAGGCGAGCCGCGGAGGUCGGGUGAUCAACAGCAUCCUGGAGGGGGACGUCUCUGUGGCGAGCGGCGCGGUGGUGCAGCACUGCCACCUACAGGGUCCCUUCAGAGUCCCAUCAGGGUGUCUGCUGUCGGGUCUCGAGGCGUCCACGUCUCAGAGCGCCAGGCAGCUGAAACUGGCUGAUGAUGUCAUCAUUCAGGGACACCGCAUCGAGCUGGGCGAGCUGAAGCUGAGCGUGUUCUCAGUGAUGGGAGCGCAGGACGAGCUGCAGGUCUCCUCUGAUGACAGCAGCGCCUCCUUCCUGAAUCAAACCUGGACCUCCUUCUUCAGCAGAACAGGAAUCCAGUCUGAGGACUUGUGGGCCCGGGGAGAGCAUCGCUCCCUCCUGGAGGCCCGCCUCUUCCCGGUCCUCCACCCCAGAGGGGGCGCUGUGGGUCUGGAGGGAGGUGUGGGGUGGCUGCUGGGCGGGGCCGGCUGUCUGAGGAGGUGGAGGGAGGCGUGGAGGCUCUCUCUGAAGGAGGUGAUGACGCUCACUCACCAGGAGGCGGAGCUUCAGUGGAGGGAGGAGCUGUUGUUCCUGGCGGGGAGGAGGAGAGUGAGAGACGCUCUGAGGAGGCGCUCAGACGUCUGCCUGCUGCCGAGCUUCAGAGCCGCCGUGAUGGGCGGCCAGCAGGGGGCGCUGCUGCAGACGCUGGACUGCAUUGCAGCAGGAGGUGGGGAUCAGGGGGCGGAGUCAGGGGCGGAGCUCGGCGUGGCGGCUCGUUGCCUCUCCUGCAUCGCCGACGUGUUGGUGUGCAUGGCGGGAGGAAAAGGCGGCCUGAGGAGCGGACCGGCUGCCAACGAGGCCUGGAGCUCCGCCUACUUCCUGUUGGAGGAGGGUGACCUGAGGGGCGGAGUCAAAGCCCUGGCUGAUCAGAGAGCUCAUUGGCUGAGCAGGCCGGACCUGCUGGUUCGAGCGGCGCGGCACUACGAGGGAGCCGGACAGGUGCUGCUACGACAAGCUGUGAUGUCAUCGCAAAGGUUCAUUUCUAUUGGACAGGGAGAGGUCCCGCCCAUCGAGGAGUGGCAGGAAGUGGAGUGUCCGGCGAGACUGGACCUCGCAGGCGGCUGGAGCGACACGCCGCCCAUCGCCUUCGAACACGGCGGCUCCGUCACAAACGUUUCCGUUAAGGUGGAUGGGAAGCGUCCUAUUGGUGCCCGGGCCCGUCGCAUCACAGAGCCCCGCCUCCUGCUGGUCAGCUACACGGGGGGGCGGGACAGUGAGGUUUCCACGGAGACGGCGUGUAACAACCUGGACGACCUGAGAGACUACUGUCAGCCUCACGCACCGGGAGCCCUGCUGAAGGCCGUGUGUGUGUGCAGCGGUCUGGUGUCUCUCUCCUCCCAGCAUGCUCUGGGGGAUCAGCUGAUGCAGCGAUGGGGAGGAGGGGUGGAGCUUCACAGCUGGUCGGUGCUGCCCACCGGGUCCGGACUGGGUACCAGCAGUAUCCUGGCGGGGGCGCUGCUGGCUGCGGUCUACAGGUGCACCGGUCAAACCUACAACACAGACUCCCUGAUCCACGCCGUGCUGUACCUCGAACAGAUCCUGACCACAGGCGGAGGCUGGCAGGACCAGGUCGGGGGUCUGGUGGGUGGAGUGAAGGUGGGUCGAUCCAGGGCGUCUCUGCCCCUGCAGGUAGAGGUGGAACGUCUCCGUCUUCCUCAGGACUUCCUGGUUUCUCUGGAGCAGCACCUCCUGCUGGUCUACACGGGGAAGACACGCCUGGCUCGCAACCUGCUGCAGGAUGUGGUUCGGAGCUGGUACAGCCGUCUGCCUGCGAUGGUCCAGAACGCUCAGCAGCUGGUGGCUAACUCAGAGGAGUGCGCCGCGGCGUGUUCAGACGGCUCUCUGUCCCGGCUCGGUGCGUGUCUGGACCGCUCCUGGCAGCAGAAGAAGCUGAUGGCUCCUGGAUGUGAGCCGGCCUCAGUGAGGGCCAUGAUGGAGGCCUUGAGGCCGCUGGUCCUGGGUCAGAGCCUGGCCGGGGCCGGAGGCGGGGGCUUCCUGUACCUGCUGACCCGGGAGCCUCGACAGCAGGAGGCGGUGCUUCAGGUCCUCCACAACACAGCGGGUCUUGGAGACUUCAGUGUGCACUCAGUGGAGCUCGACAUGGUCGGCAUUCAAGUCCUGUCUCCAUCCUGAAGACGACACGGGACACGAGACACGGGACAUGAGACAUGAGACUCUGGACAUGAGACUCUGGACAGGAGCUGAGGAACAAACUGCUCAGAUUAAACCAAACGCAGUAUUUAUAUUUUAUUUAAAUCUGAAAAGUAAAAUAAUCAGUUUCUUUAAAGUCAUUUUAAUCAGUGAAAUAUCUUCCACAUUAUCAGCUGUAAACAUGACAUCAGCACUUUAAUGAUUUAACAUUAAUGUUUCUCUAACAUUAUAUUUAGAGUAUUAUAUUUCCUGUAUUUUAAUGAAGUGAUGGAUUUGUCUCUGAUCUUUAAUAAUGAAUGUAAACAUUGAUCAGUGUUGAAUCAUCAGUAUUAGGUCAUGAUCCGGGCCUGUGUUCAUUCUGUGCAGGAACAAUGCAAAUCAACAUUUUCAGCACUGAGCUUCAGCUAGUUUUUGAUGCUAAGCUAACAGUUUCCUGGUCUGCUGCUGAUGCUAAUGCUAAUGCUACGACGUGAUGUCUGCGUUUAAAGUCUGUUGAAUGAAUGUGGAUCAGUCUCUAUCAGACUAACAGACUCUGAGAGAGGCAGAAGGGGGACGUUAGUGGGCAGAGAGUUCUCCUGUAAGGGUCUAGCUUGUGAAGGACUUCUUAAGACCAGCAGAGACCGCUGUCUGUACCUGUUUUAUCAUAAACUCAUCCUGACUGUAGUGAUGGGACCACAUGCCUUAGUUCAGUCCUUUGGGUCUGACUCUGCAGAGCUAGCAUGAGUCGACCUGAUCAGCUCCACAGAGGGGGGACCAGUCUGUGUUCUCACACUGAGACAGCCUGACAUCAUGGAUCACUUUGAUCCACCACAAGAACCAAGAACCUCACCUGCAGCACAUCCACACAUUCAUUUAGACUUCACAGGGUUUUAAAGUCACAGAAGUAUUUUGAAGUUUCUGAAGGAGUCUUAUUGUUUUAUUAUUUUUAAUGUAGAUGUUUUAUUUUCUGAAAAUUGUUAAGUGUUAAAUCAAGAAUAAGAAUCUGUGUUAACGUCGGUCAGAGGAGAGAGGACACUGAUUCUGUUUUUUAAGUGUUGAAUAUAAAAUCUGAAUUUAAGGAAAAGGUGAAAAUUCUGAGAAAAUGUUUAAAAAUUUAAUAUUUAAUUCAGAAUUCUUAAAAUAAUUAUAUACAUACUUUUUUUCCCCGCAGACAUUAAUUUUUUUUUUUUAUUUAAUUCAGAAUUAUUUUUGAAUUAAAAAAUAAUAAUAAUUCAGACUUUUUGUUUUUCUGACUUUAAUUUAAAAAAUGUUUGAAAAGAUAAUAAAAAUAAAAAGAAUGUUGAAUAUAAUUUCUGAAUUUAAGGAAAAAAAUUCAAAAAUUUGAGAUUUCAUUCAGAAUUCUUUCAGAUU